AAGUAUGUAAUGGCACCAAAAAAGGGAGGGAAAAGGAUGAGCGCGGUGGUGACAUCUCGAAAAGUGGUGGAAGAAACCGUCCAAGUGGUCAUCACUCCGGCCACCACCUGCGGCGGAGAAGCCGUGACCGAGAGCCAACAGCAGCCCAGCGAUGAAUCCAAAGAGAAGGUGCCCGAGAACCAACCACUGCCUAGUGAUGAAGUACCCAAAGAAAAUGAACAAGUGGAGGCAGUGUCAACUCCGACGGCGGCGGAAGAAGACCCGCCCGCAACCAAGAGAACGAUCUCCGUUGAAGAAAAGAAAGAAGACCCGCCCGCAACCGAGAGAGCGAUAUCCGUUGAAGACGAGAAUGAAGACCCACCCGCAACGAAGAGAACUGUCUCCGUUGAAGACAAGAACGAAGACCCGCCGCCCGAGAAUCCUCCUCAAAGGAGGAAGAGGAAGCGGGCGGCGGUGGGAGCGGGAGAAGGGUACAAGAGGUACGUGUACAAGGUGUUGAAGCAAGUGCACCCGGAGUUGGGGAUAUCUUCCAAAGCUAUGACGGUGGUGAACAAUUUGAUAGGGGACAUGUUUGAGAGGAUAGCGGCGGAGGCGGCGGUUCUGACGAAGUACGUCUCCAGGAGGACGCUGUCGACGAGGGAGAUUCAGGACGCCGUGAAGUUGGUGUUGCCGGGAGAGCUUGGGAAGCAUGCCAUUUCGGAGGGAAUGAAGGCGGUCACUAAUUAUAUUGGCACUCUAGAUGGAGACGACCACUCUAUAAGUUGUCUUCGACCAAAACUCAAUAAUUAAAAUUAGUACGUACGUAGUACUUAAUUACGUAGUUAAUAAUGCAAGUACUUCAAUUCCAUGCAAGUACGUAGUACGAAGUAUAUUAUGCAUGUCUAGAAAACUUUCUAAAUAUAUUCGCACGGG